GAUAAAGGCACGCUAGAUUUUGUAUAGGGAAAACCGUGUACGGAAUUAUCCAUUAUAUGAAUUUUGUUUGUUUGUUUCUUGAGAAAAAGCGUGCAAAAUUAACAUCUUCAUGAAACUUGUAUUAAGGAGAGGGUUAAACAACCCAACUGAAAACCCUCUUCCUAAAAACUCUUUCCUUCUUUCUCAUCUUUCCUUUCAACAUUUAUAUUUCCAUUUCUCAACGUAACUCCAUUAAAUUAAAUACCUUCUUUUUGUUAUUAGUUAUCUAGUGCAGUGUGUGUGAUUAAUAAGGUUUUCUUUUCUUUCUUUUUCUUUUUUUGCCAAAUUUUCUUUUGUUUUUCUUUUCUGAUCAUCGAAAGAAAAUCACAUAUACACAUCCAAUUUUGGUUUCGUUGUUAUUUCGGAGAUGGGUCAUUGCCCUUGUUUUGGCAUGUUGAAUAGGAAGAAGCUAAAGCAUGACAUUAUCAAUAAAGAACCAUCUUAUGAAUCAAGAGCAGGAUCAGGAUCGAAAUCAAAACCCAGUUCGGCAUCAAGAUCAAAGUCAAGUUCAGUAUCAAAAGUCACUGCAGAUUUGAGACCGGAACCACCUGUUCCGAGACAUAGAUCAAAUGCAUCUUCUAAUGUGGCUCCAACAUUCACCUAUGAAGAGCUUGCAAUUGCAACAAAUAACUUCAGUCCAACAUCUUUAAUUGGUAGAGGUGGAUUUGGCGCUGUUUAUAAAGGGAAAUUAGAAAGCACUGGUCAGCAGGUUGUAGCUGUUAAGCAGCUAGAUUUAUCAGGUAUUCAAGGAGAAAAGGAGUUUCUGGUGGAAGUUCUAAUGCUCACUCUUAUGCAUCAUCCUAACCUUGUCAAUUUGAUUGGUUUCUGCGCGGAAGGCGAACAACGCCUUCUUAUCUAUGAAUACUUGCCUAUGGGAUCAUUGGAAGAUCACCUUUUCGACGUUCCACCUGAUAUGGAACCUCUUGAUUGGAAUACAAGGAUGAAGAUAGCGGCUGGGGCAGCCAAAGGAUUGGACUACUUGCAUAAUGCAAAUCCUCCUGUUAUAUACAGGGAUUUAAAAGCAUCAAACAUACUGUUGGAUGAAGGAUUCCACCCGAAAUUGUCAGAUUUCGGUCUCGCAAAAUUCGGUCCCACUGGAGAUAAUUCCCAUGUCUCCACUAGGGUCAUGGGUACUUAUGGUUACUGUGCUCCGGAGUAUGCCUCAACUGGAAGAUUGACUAUGAAGACUGACAUUUACAGCUUUGGAGUUGUAUUGUUAGAGCUGAUUACUGGACAUAGAGCAAUUGACGAUAUUAAUGGCCGCCAUAUGCAUCUCAUUCAUUGGGCUCUUCCCUUGAUGAAAGACAGAUGCAAUUACUUAAAGUUAGCAGAUCCAAAACUGAAACGUCAGUUCUCAUUGUCUGUCUUCAACAAGGCUAUAGAGGUAGCAUCAAUCUGUCUCAACGAAAAUGCGAACUUACGACCUUCAACAAGUGACUUGAUGAUUGCCAUGGAUUAUUUGGUUUCACAUAAAUAUGAGCCGAAGGAUGCUAAGAAGGUUAGUGUCAAUUGGCCUGAGAUUGAUUUCCCACCAAGUGUAAAGGCAGUGAUCUUAGAAAAGGAUUUGGAUCGAGACCGUGCAGUGGCAGAGGCUAAGAUGUGGGGUGAGAGUUGGCGAGAAAAGAGAAGACAAAGUCCUCAAAGUAUGUCUAGUGCUAGCAGCAGGUAUCAACAACCGAUUGCAUAAUGCUAAUGAACCUUCACAAGAUAAACAAAAUUUUCCUGCAAUGAAAAUUGAGAAUAUUUUUAGACUUGUUUUAUGAGUUCAAUACCCUUUCCUCAAUCAUUCUAUUUCCCUCCAAAUAUCAGUAGAUUUAGUGUACGAACAAUAGUCUUACAAAAUGAUGCAAAAGAAUUGAAUAGAAUAUGCUGCCUGCUGUUAAAUACUGUAGCUAGUUUAUUAUGA